AAAGGAAAGGCCAUAACAGUUAGUACACCCAGAUAUCAGGCUGCUGCUAAGCAAAGAUGAAGCUCCUUGCUGUCCUUGUACUCUGUUUGACCCUGGGUUUCAGCAAUGCGGGUGGUACCGUAACUGAUGCAGAGAUCAAGUCUAUCUCUGAGAGACUUUAUUCUCUGGACUCAAACAAGGCUUCAGCCUCAGACUUGGUCAUUGACCCUCAGGCUCUGGUGGCCGACUCUCAGACCAGCUCUGAGACAGAUCGCUCCUCAAAGUCCUUGUUCAGCUACCUGAAUGAGAAUGCUCUCUUCUCCAAGCCCACCUACGCUGCUCUGCUGUCUGUGCUGGACAACUACAACAGGAUGACUGGACAGGCAGAGAACUUCAGCUCUCAGCAGCUGGCUGAGCAGGACAAGUUUGUCAGGGAAACUAUGUCCAACACUCAGCUGGGACGGGAGCUGUUUGCUUUUCUCUACAACAAGGGCAUUUACAAAUCAGAGGAAGACUUCAUUCAGGACCUGAAGAUGAUGUGGUUUGGUCUGUACUCUCGCAACAACAACCAGCUGGACUCCAGCGGCUUUGAGCACAUCUUUGCAGGAGAGAUCAAGGGAGGAAAGGUUUCCGGUUUCCACAACUGGAUCCGGUUUUAUCUUCUUGAAAAAAGUGGAAAGCUAAACUACUACAGCCACAGCUUCAAUGGGCCUUGGACUACAUUUCCUGAUGUCUUGGGGAUGCAGUUCAUGUGGGACGGCUACUACAAGCAGGUUGGCUCUGCGGUCAUUGGCUGCAGCCCGGAAUUUGACUUUGCCAUUUACAGCCUCUGCUACAUCACUCGUCCUGGAAAACAGUGUCAUCUAAGUGUGGGAGGGAAAACGCUCAUUAUUCAGACUUACACCUGGGAUAAUUCCUCCUAUGGAGAUGGGAAGAAGUUCAUUGGCUCGGCCUAUCCCGCAUCCCCUUAAGGACUGACAUUUCCCCCUAAACAAUAAACAAAUUGCAGAGCUGCCUGCAAGUGUUUCAUUGCACUCAUUAUAUAAUUGUUUUGAAAUCAUUUUCCCAAUAGUAGCACUUAAGUUCAAGUUCCCGAAUUGAAAGAUGUAAUGUGAUGUAAAUUUGUCACAACCUUCCCUCCUGUAUUAAAACAAUACAGAGCAAUAAAUAAAAAAAUACUUUAUCUCCUAA